AUGUCUGGUAAUUAUUAUAGGAGUCGUUCGAAUAGUCCUCAAAGGGACUGGAAAUAUCGUAACAAAUACUUUGACAACCAUAACAAUAAAACUUUCCCUAAAGAUAAUAACUUUAAACGGUAUAAAACCUAUAAAGAUGACUUAAGAGGUCUUAAUUUUGAGGAUCCACGAUAUAGAAGAGGACAAUCGCCCUAUGAUAAAGUCAGGAAAUUCCGUACUCCAGACUAUUCAACAAGUGAUCCAAACUACAAUCCCACUCCACCAGAGCCCAAUUUAACUUAUAUUCCACAUGAACCUGGUCUAACUUAUAUUCCUCCAGAACCUAAACAAUUUACAAUUCCUCCAGAACCAAGUCAGUUUACAAUUGCACCAGAACCCGGUCAGUUUACAAACCCUCCAGAACCUAAACAUUUUAACCCAAGUGAUGAUCCGAUAUCUUAUAUCCCUAUCCCAAAAGAUGAAAAUACUGAAACAACCUUGACUAAGAUUUCAGAAGAUAAACCUAACGAAUGGAAUGGAUUUCCAUUUCCAAAGCCUUACAAAGACCUAAAGAAAUAUUUUGACCCAAUGCCAAAAAUGGGAACAGAGUUCCCACCAAACCUUUAUUUCCCAGUUGAUGGAACAAAAAUUCGUAGAUACAAAGCUUAUAAACCUUAUAAUGAUCCACUAAAGAGGUUUAUUGAUGCAGAUGAGUUGUCUAAUGCCUUGAGGGUUACAAUGUUUCGAGAAUACGAAUUCUUUAAAAACAAAUUAGAGGUUUCUAAUUUAUUGAUUAAUUUUUUUCAGAUGGCUCGAAUUAAUGUACAGAUGUCCUCACUAAUACCUUAA